AUGACUGCCACCACCGCCACCGACUCCAAGAAGAAAGAUGUUCCCAAGGAGCAACCCCAGGCUACCACUGCGAAUGACACUGUUCCCUCUGGGUUCAUCCUGAAGCUUUUCCAGAUGGUCAAUGGAGCUCCCGAUGAGGUCAUCCGGUGGACCGAAGAUGGCGACGCCUUUGUCAUUGGUUCAGAUCUCGAACGGCUCGAGUCGGAGACACUGCCUCAGUACUUUCGCCACAACCGCUUCCAGUCCUUGGUCAGGCAGCUGAACUUCUACUCCUUUCGCAAGAUCAACCGAGAACGCAAUGUUUGGAUCUACAAGCAUAACUUGUUCCAUCGUGAUCACCCUGAGGACCUCUACAUGGUUCGUCGGCGCACUUGCCCUGGCUUGGAUGGACGAAAGCAACGGUUCUCGUCCCGUGGUCCGCUCCCCAAAGGCGCCAACAAGAAGUCCGAGGAUAACGACAACGCUGUCACUACCCCCAGUGAUGAAGAAUCUGGCUCCAUUGCUGAGGACCAUCCUGUCAUCGAGGAGAGCCCUUCCAAUGAUUCCUCGAUGGGUGUUGGUUCGAAGAAACGAGACAGUUUCAGUCGACGAGUAUCGCUGAACAGUCGUGCCAGCAACUCGGAGCAGCUCGACGCGGAUGUACAACCACCCAAGUCCAAGAGAAGCCGUUACUACCAGGAUACCCCGGAACCGUCGCCGCAAGCUCCUGGCAGUCCGGUGGUUGAUUUCUCACUCCUUCAUAGCUUGGAGGAAGCCAACAGCAACACCGCAGCUGCUGCGCGAGAGGACGACAUGCCAGAUGACUCGAGUCUCGACAACAAGCGGAACGAGAAGCUCGAAAUGCUCGAGCAGUCCAUGAUUGUAGAAGACGUAGCAAUGAAGCUUGAAGAGUAUGCCAAACGAGCUCGAAAGAAUGGCAUGUUACCAUCUCGAGUUCGUCGUCCGGGAGCCGGAGUUGUGACACCUCCGUUCAGCUCCUCGUCGUACCAGGUGUCCAUGUCGGCCAGUGAGCUGCUGACUUACGAUGACGAGUAUCCCGCGGAAGACUUGCAAGCCACCGAACUGUUUGGCAUUCAAAGCACCAGCAGUGUGGUCACCGAUUCGGAUGUGGACGAAGUGGAAGAUCGCUUCGAUGUAAGCAAACCCUCGAAAGAGCUCAUGGUCAAUCCUGUCCCCAUCCCACAAGCCAAGUCCAUCACGGAACGGCUCUUGAUGUCCGACAUUACGUCAGCAGCGGUAGCAGGGUUUUGCAUGUCCACGGCGCCUAUCGGCAAUCCCGAGAUGAGCCGAAAGAUCCUACAGCUCAUUGCAUCGUGUGAGAUCCUGGCGUGUGACUUCCAUCAGUACCGUGAAGCGCUCGACCCGAUGGCUCAUUCGGGCGAUCCCAACCGGAACUCGGCUGCCCUUUCUGUCCAUGCUCGAAUGAAUCACAUGCAGAACUGGGAACGCGAAGGCAGUCGCAGCAACGCUGUACGCGAUUUCAAGAUCUUCUCGGUCAACUGUGUUCGAAAGAUUCUCGAAGGAGCGAGCGGUCCUCUCCCAGAUGCGGACCGAGUUGCCUUGAAGCGCACAGCUGACGUUUGGCUCAAGUCUAUCAACAUGCUGGAUCAAACAAGACGCGAGAUCCAGUGA